CAUCGAAGAAGAAGCCUGCAUACGCUAAGCUAGAUAGCUGCUGCAUUGACCCAUAUCUGAUAAUAUUUCAGCAACCAUGUCUUCAGUUCAGCAUCUCAGAGAGUUUAUCAGAGAGCGACUAACUGCUGCUGCUCAAGAAAUCUUCACAGAGGUUGAAAAAACCAUCAUUUGCUACGAGGAAGAGCUCGAUGCUCAGCGCAGAAUGAUGGGGAUCGACUGGAAACCASAAAUUAAGCUACACAGAGUCGGUUCGGAGCUGCAGAGACAAAGUUCUGACCUUCAACAGCCAAGUGUCUCAAAUAAGGAGGAAGCGUCUGUCAUACAACAAGUCUGGAGCCUGGCAAGUAGGUCCAGUCAGGACCAGAAAGAAGCAGAACCUCAGUGGACUGAAGAGGAACAGAUGGAACCAGAACCUAAAUGGUUUAAAAAAGAAGAGGAGGAACCAGAACAUACACUGUUUAAAUAUGAGGAAAUGGAAUAUCCACUAACAUAUAUAAUAAAAGAGGAGCUUGAUUCUUUGGUGCUUCAACAUGAACAGCAGCCACCAGAAGAUUUACCAACUGGACAGGAUCAGAAGGACCUCUGCAGCAGUCAGGAGGGAGAGCAGCUUGUCCAGAAGCAGUUUGUUGCUUUGAUUGAGACUUCUACUCUUCAGGAAGAUGAUAUGAAUGAAGAAGAGACAAGAACAGAGCAGCUUUCCCUUCAUAUAUCUCCAGUGAUUGAGAGCAAAGAUCAGAAAGGAAGCAGCUGCUCUGUGUCAGAGAGUCAGUCUGAUAAUGACACAAAGCAAAUACCUUUCAAAUGUGACAUUUGUGGGAGAUGUUUUACACAAAAGAUGAAGUUGAAAAACCAUUAUCAAAACCACACUGUGGAGAGACCUUUUUCAUGUGAAACAUGCGGAAAGAGUUUCUUUCAAAUUGGCUCUUUAAAUAUCCACAAGAGAGUUCAUACAGGUGAGAAACCUUUUUCAUGUGAAACAUGCGGAAAGAGUUUCUCUCAAAUUGGCUCUUUAAAUCUCCACAAGAGAAUUCAUACAGGUGAGAGGCCUUUUUCAUGCCAGAUAUGUGGAAAGAAGUUCCGUGUAAUUGGUAACUUUAAUGUCCACAAGAGAAUUCAUACAGGCGAGAGGCCUUUUUCAUGUGAAACAUGUGGAAAAAGUUUCUCGCGAAUGAGUCACUUAAGUCGUCACAAGAAAACUCAUACAACUGAGAAGCGUUUUUCAUGCCAGUUUUGUGAAAAAAGCUUCUAUCGAAAGCAUAAGUUGAGUAAUCACAUGAAAACUCAUUGAAGUCAGGGGCCGCUUUGAAGCCAAACCUGUAAAACAAAAUUGUUCUUUGUAAUUGGUUACUUAAUUAUUCUCAUUAGAACCCACAUUCAGGAGCUGGGUUUUUCACAAGAAAUAUGGAGGAGAAAAGUGUUCUUUUAUGUUGUGAUCUGAAUUUCCACAUGAAAUAAAUACACAAACGUGCGAAUUAGUCAUUUAACUCACAGAUUUACUGUAAGAAAUAUUAAACCCUUUCUUGGGUUGUUUUCACUUUUGUUUUCAGCCACUGACUGACUUUUGCAAAGUAGCCAGUCAGAACGCCUUCAGCAUCCUGAAUCUAGAAUCCUCCUCAAAAAUUUGACUUUCAGAUGGAAAUCUGUUUGUCAUGAGUAACAUACCAACUUUUCAUGCUUUACUGAAAAAUUUUGUGUGUCAAUUUAUGUGACACUUGGAGGUAUCAAAGAAGUAAAAAAAAACUCUGAAACUAUUACUUAGAUAUAUUUCUAGCUUUUUAGCAGUUGGAAUAAUUGUUUAUCUGCUUUGUGAUAUGUCAUUUUUUACUUGAAGUGUGUAUUUCAUUUUUUCCCCUAAAUGGUAUGGACUAUCUUUUGUUUCAAAAUAAAAACUUGUGAAUUAAUA